GGAAGUUCAUUCCUGCGGUGAAGAGAGUUUUGAAAAUUAAGGGUACUCUCUCUUUCUUUCUAUUGACUACCAGGUGUUUGUGAAAAUGGAUGCCUUGGAUGGCUAUCAAAUUGAAGAAAGAGGUAUUUUACUAAGCCAUGGAAGUGGGUUCUUCAUCGGGACAUGCCUGCUGUAUCACCAAUUGAAAGAGUGGGAAAAUAUGUCAACCCAAAGGAUUGGAAUACGCUGAUUAGUGACCCAGAGACGGGAUGUAACUGAAUAUUGCUUCCUCUCAGCCAUUCUUUGAUUUUGUUGACACAUUACUGUUCUUGGUUUGUAGAGUACUCAAAUCGCUUACUAAAGUAUGCAGUAUGCUCUGUAAAUUCUACGAGGUUUUCUCUUUGCCAUCCUGUUCCCUUCAGAACAGUUUUCUCUUACCCUGUGUAGGUUGAUAAUCUAGGCAAUUUGGUGUUGGCCUCUGAGGCCAAUUGAUGAUUGAUGUUCCUGUUAAAUAUUUUCAACUCCGUGUUUGCUUUGAUCUUACUCUCUGUGAAGACCUACAAUAUGAUGGAUGAAGAUUAUCCAAUUGCAAUCAACCAAGAAACAUUUUGUGUUACAUUACCGAAAAAUCGAAGGCAAGGACAAAUGGCUCAACAAAGAUAUGCAACAACCACAAAAGCCAAGGGAAAAGAUAAGGCAACUGGUUCCAACAGCAAAAGAGAAAACCGGGAAGAUCGAAGGCAAGGAGAAAUGACACAACAAAGACAAAGAGCAACCACAAAGGGAAAGGAAAACGAGCAGCCAAGUGGUUCCAAUGGAAAAGAAAAAAACAAAGUUUUCAUGAGGCCUCCUCCAUGUUUGCGUCGUAGUGAUCACUUAGAUAUGUUGAAUGCAGUAUACGAUUUUGAAACUAAACGUCAGAGGGAGGGCUUUCCAGUUGAAAAUUUUGUUCGACGAAAAAUAGAGGCAUGUCGAGCCUUGCAAAAUUUUGGAGAAAAUAUAAGUGAACAAUACCUUAUAGGAAAAAUAGUAGACCUUCUAUCACCAAGCUGGAUGCAUGUGAAGCGAACAAUAUUUCAAAGACAUGUUAUAGAAAAUGCUACACAUUUGAUGAAUGCUUUGAUGGAAGACGAGCAUAAUGUCCACUAUUUGUGGAUGGAAUUUGAGCAAGGGCCAAUGAUGCCAAACUCAACUGUGAGAGAACACAUUCUAAAUAAAGAAAACCAAUUUCAUAGUCUAAGGAAAAAAGGCUGCAAGGCAAACAUUGAGAAUUUUGUUCAGGCUAUAGUUAAUAACCUCCCGCCCACAUGGCCUAAAGCAACAAUCUUCAAAAAGUUGAAACUAAAUUUCAUGGAUAUAAGAGCAUUGGGAGCUAUGCUUGAGGAGAUCGAGACUGAUAUCAUAUGUUCGGAAGCUUUGGACGAAGUGGAGCAACAAUUUACAAAACAAGAGAAGAAGCAGGUAAAAAAAUCUCGGCAAAAGGUAGUGAAUCGAAGAUUGGAAUUUGAUGAACUAUAGCUCUACAAUAUUUGGAGUAAUUGCAUACUAUCCAAUUAUUUGAAUUUGUCAAUUUAUUUUGCUUUAGGAGUUCAUCAUGCUUUAAUAGUUUAGAUAUGAGUAUGAGCCUGUCAUCAUAACUCAUUUUCAAAAUUUAGUAUUAUCGUACCAAGAGUUGUUUCUUUUUUUGUUACUAUUCAGGUUUGGAUAUUUUU